GCGAUCGGUCGGCUGAGCGUGAGCGGGGCUGUGCGGCGCGGGCCAUGGCGGGCUGGGGGUCGUUCUACCGGGGCGAGGGGCUGGAGGAGGAGGAGGAGCAGCAGGAAGAGGAGGAAGGGCCUGAGACUGUCGCGGAGCAGAGGUUUUCGGGCCGGGACAGCCUCAUCUUUUUGGUGGAUGCCUCCAAGGCCAUGUUCGAAUCCCACGGGGAGGCAGAGACUCCUUUCGACAUGACCAUCCAGUGCAUCCGGAAUGUGUAUACCAGCAAAAUUAUCAGCAGUGACAGGGACCUGUUAAGCGUUGUGUUCUAUGGUACAGAAAACAACAAGAAUUCGGUAGAUUUCAAGCACAUUUAUGUUCUCCAGGAGCUGGACAAUCCAGGUGCGAAGCGUGUUCUGGAGCUGGACCAGUACAGGGGAGAGGAAGGCCGGGCGCUGUUCCGGGAGAGCUUUGGCCACAGCGCUGACUAUUCCCUGGGUGAGGCGCUCUGGGCCUGCUCCAACCUCUUCAGUGAUGUCCGUGUCAGGCUGAGCCACAAGAGGAUCAUGCUCUUCACCAACGAGGAUCACCCCCACGCCAAUGACAGUGCUAAAGCCAAGCUGGCCAGGACCAGAGCUGGUGAUCUGAGAGACACAGGUAUCAUCUUGGACCUGAUGCACUUGAAGAAGCCUGGUGGGUUCGAUAUCUCUUUGUUCUACAGGGAUAUUAUAAAUGUAGCAGAGGAUGAGGACCUUGGGAUCCAGCCUAGAGAGUCAGAGAAACUGGAACAUCUCAUGAAGAAAGUACGAGCAAAGGAGACAAAGAAAAGGGCUUUAGUCAGGCUAAACCUGCAUCUGGGCAAAGAUGUGGCCCUUUCUGUUGGUGUUUACAACCUUAUUCAAAAAGCUUAUAAACCACAUCCAGUGAAGCUUUAUCGGGAAACUAAUGAACCUGUUAAAACCAAAACAAGGAUGUUUAGUGGAAAAACAGGCAGCCUGCUCCUGCCCAGUGACACUAAAAGGGCUCAGACAUACGGAAACCGACAGAUUGUGCUGGAGAAAGAGGAGACGGAAGAAUUAAAACAGUUUGAUUCUCCAGGUUUGGUUCUGAUUGGCUUCAAACCACUUUCAAUGCUAAAACAGCACCACCAUGUCAGGCCCUCCCAGUUUAUCUAUCCUGAGGAGUCCCUGGUGAGAGGGAGUACAACUCUGUUUAAUGCCCUCCUGAUGAAGUGCUUGGAGAGGGAGGUGAUGAUGCUGUGCAGGUACACCCCUCGCCGCAAUGUCCCUCCUCGCUUUGUGGCCCUGGUUCCCCAGGAGGAAGAGCUGGAUGAGCAGAAAGUGCAGAUAGCCCCUCCAGGUUUCCACAUGAUUUUUCUACCCUAUGCAGAUGACAAACGUAAUGUUGAUGUUACAGACAAUGUGCCAGCCAGCCAAGAGCAGGUGGACAAAAUGAAGGAAAUAAUUCAGAAGCUGAGGUUCAAAUACAGGGCUGACAGCUUUGAGAACCCAGUUUUGCAGCAGCACUUCAGGAAUUUGGAGGCUUUGGCGCUGGAUAUGAUGGAACCAGAACAAGCUGAGGAUCUUACAAUGCCAAAGUCUGAACAGAUGAGCCACAGGCUGGGCAACCUGGUGGAUGAGUUUAAGCAGCUGGUUUAUCCCCCUGACUACAAUCCUGAUGCAAAGGCUGUAAAGAGAAAACAAGCUUCUGAUGGUCAAACUGAGAAGAGGCCCAAGGUAGAAGUCUCAGAAGAUGAGCUGCGGUGUCAUGUGCAGAAGGGCACUCUAGGCAAGCUCACUGUACCUAUCCUGAAGGAUGCAUGCAGGUUUUUGGGGUUGAGGAGUGGAAGCAAGAAGCAGGAGCUUGUGGAUUCUUUAACUGAAUACUUUAAUGAGCACUAAGCUGGAGAGGGUGGCCCUGGUUUACUUCUGUCUGCUUAGAAUCUUGAUUGUCUUAUGUGGGUGCUGUGUCUACUUAAUCUUGCUAUGAAAGAGAUGGCAACUAAGUGUUGCUCUGUAGCAGUGGAGAAACUUUUUUCUUGUGAAACAUCUCUGCAAAGUUGGAUUCUGUUGACAGUAGGUAAAGGCAGAGCUAAAUUCCCUGUGAACUCAGGUCACCCACUGCACAUGGACAGAGUUGUGCCUUGCUGGUUUCUUAAUAAAAGUUUGGAUCUUUUCCUUUGCAACACUGACUGUGCCAUCUCAGUAUCAUAAAGACAGCAGAAAUCAUUUCAGUGUAAGAAAACACAAUGAUCUGUGUUAAUGGCACCACAUGAAUCCAAGCAGCAGAUUGAGUCUGUGUCCUAACAGAGGGUAUAAAUAUGUGUUACUCUCCAAAACAGCCAGUAUCAGUACUAGUAAUCCAAUUGGGUUCUUUUCUGCCAUCACCAUUACAAAUAUUACCAGCAGAUCUUAAAAGAAAAAAAUCAUUACUGGGAAGCAGUAUCCAAUCCCUUGGGCAAAAAGCUGGCACUUAAAUCUGCACACACAGGUCUCCCAUUUUUAAAUGGUAAUAGCAGAAGCUGGUUUAAAAAUGGAAAACAAAUUGUGUUCCCCGGAAGGCUGCAAGCAUUUAUCCCAAUUAAAUUACUGAGAUGGCAAAGAGCUUUUCUACCUCUCUAAGUGAAUGAGUCAGACUAUUGUGCAGGCUUCUGUACUCAAACAUGUGCUUUUAAAAUAGAAGAAUAGCAAGUUAUGGAGACAGCCCUUGUUUCAUACAGUAUUUUUACUUUUUUAGUUGUACUUAAGAAGGCUGCAGCUAGGUGUUUUGGGUUUUAGACUUCCAUCCCUGGCAUACCCCACCUGUCUUGCAGUGCAAGAUGACUAAAACCAAUAAACAGUUGUUGCUUUUAUCUUAGGAAAUUACUAAUUGUUUAGUGAAACUCUUAACAUUUUACAGGACACAAACAUUGGAUACCUGAGGUGUCCAUUUUGGUCUGCUUAGUGUUUUUAGUGUCCAGAGAUUCCUGUGUGUGGCCCACAAACUGUCCUGUCACCAUCUGUAGUGUGGCACAUGUGGAGCCAGCUGUGACCACCCUUCUGGCACUGCGACUGUCCUAGCUGUGCCAGCAUGCUGCUCAUUCUACCUCCACAAUUCCCCCAGAGAGCAGCUAGCCUGCACUGAGCUCUGCAGCACUGAAACUACGUUACCUGUUACACUUCCAAUCAGCCUGGAUUAGUUAUUUUUAAUAAAGAUUUGCCUAAGCACUCAAUUUAUUUUGCCCUUGGGCAAUGAAGUUACUCU